AAAAAGUCGACGCGGUCGAGCGAUUGAGCAUUAAAGUCUCCGAAAAACUUGGUUCCAUUGCCAUCGUUCCUCUCUGAAUUCAACAAUUUGGGGUUGUGGGAUCAGGUGUCCAUUUCUCCAUUUUUCUCCUCCAAGUUUUUCAUAGUUUUUGGAUUCAAAUUAGUCGCAGAAGGGUUGCGAGAAUUCCAUUGAGUUCAAAUUGUGAUUCGACAUGAAGGGGGGCUGCAACAGCUACAAGGUUUUCGGUUUCAGUCGGAAGUUCAAGUUAUCUGAGGCCGAACCGCCGCAAGAUGUCAUAGAUAUCUUCGCUUCGUUUACCGAUGGCGGGGAGUACAUGUCGGCCGAACAAAUGCUCCACUUCUUGGGGGAUCAGCAAGAGAUGGAAUGUACCCUAUCUGAAGCGGAGCAGAUCAUCGAGCAGAUCUUGCAGAAGCGACGGGGCUCCGAUAAUCCCUCUGGAGAUUCGAGUCAGGGUCUUAGCCUUGAUGAUUUCUUCCAUUAUCUCUUCAUGCCUGAGUUCAAUGGCCCCAUUAAAACUCAGGUACAUCAUGAUAUGAAUGCUCCAUUGUCCCAUUAUUUCAUAUAUACAGGGCACAACUCUUACCUUACUGGGAAUCAACUUAGUAGUGAUUGUAGUGAUGCUCCCAUAAUAAAGGCUUUGAAUAGAGGGCUACGGGUAGUUGAGCUUGAUUUAUGGCCAAAUUCAACAAAAGAUGAUGUUCAUGUUCUUCAUGGAAGGACUUUAACCAGCCCUGUGCCUCUCUUGAAGUGUUUGAAGUCUAUAAACGAGCAUGCUUUUGAGAAAUCUCCAUAUCCUGUUAUUAUCACUCUUGAAGAUCAUCUUACUCCUGACCUUCAAGCUAAAGUUGCAGAGAUGGUAACCGGAAUAUUUGGAGAUACACUGUUCUACCCUCAGGCAGAUAGCUUAUCGGAAUUCCCUUCUCCAGAAUCCUUAAAACAUAGAAUCAUUAUUUCAACAAAGCCACCAAAAGAGUACCUUACAUCUAAUAAAAAGGAUAAGAUUUUAAGUGAUGGAAAAGAGUCAUCAGAAGAAGAGUCAUCAGAUCCUGUGACUGAUUUCGAUGCUGAUGAACAGAGUGAAAGUGAUCCAGAUGAGGAAGAAAACAGUGGAGGCGAGUCGAAACCGCCCCAGCAAGGUGCACCGGAGUAUAAACGUCUGAUUACAAUCCAUGCAGGGAAACCAAAAGGGGGCUGCUUAAAGGAUGCAUUGAACGUACAAGGUGAGAAGGUUAGGCGCCUUAGCUUGAGUGAGCAAGGACUUGAGAAGGCUGUGGUCUCUGAUGGAACUGAUGUUGUAAGGUUUACACAAAAGAAUAUUUUGAGAGUUUACCCAAAAGGAACCCGUGUCACAUCGUCGAAUUUUCGGCCGAAUAUCGGGUGGACGCAUGGAGCUCAGAUGGUUGCUUUAAACAUGCAGGGCUAUGGAAGAUCACUAUGGAUGAUGCAUGGGAUGUUUAGAGCCAAUGGAGGGUGUGGGUACUUAAAAAAACCAGACUUUUUGUUACCAAAGAGCCCAGAAGAUGAGAUCUUUGAUCCCAAGAAACCUCCGCCAGUGAAGGAAACAUUAAAAGUAACAGUAUAUUUGGGGGAUGGGUGGAGCUCGGACUUUAGCCAAACGCAUUUUGAUAACUAUUCUCCGCCGGACUUCUACACAAAGAUUCGAAUUGUCGGUGUACCAGCUGAUGCAGCGAAGAAGAAGACAAGGGUUAUUGAGAACGACUGGGUGCCCAUUUGGAACGAAGAGUUCAAGUUUCCUUUGACAGUGCCAGAGCUUGCUUUGCUGCAGAUUGAAGUGCGAGACUUCGACAGGUCGGAGAAGGAUGACUUUGGUGGGCAGACAUGUCUGCCAAUCUCAGAGCUCAGGCCUGGGAUUCGGGCAGUCCCUCUUUAUGACAAGAAGGGAGAGAAACUAACGUCUGUGAGGCUUCUAAUGCGCUUCCUGUUUUUGUAUGAAUGAUUCCAUUGUUUCAUUAUAACUUACGCUACUGCUUUUAGCUGCCUCUGCCCACCACGGCCUUCCUGCUUCCAAGCAAGCAGCCCUGUUUUGUUGUAAACUAUUAUAUGUAAUAAUCAUGCUUCAAAUUCAUUAUUUUA